AUGUUUCCGCGCUCCCUGCGACGCACGACGCGGGGCGGCGGCAACACGCGGCGCGUUCCCGACGCGCCCGGGGGCGCGUGCGUGACGUUCCCGCGCCGCGGCGGCCACGCGCGGGGCGCAUCACGGCUCCGGUGCCCUAUUAGGGCACGUCCCGGCGCCUGUGUCGAGCUGCCCGGGCACGGGAAUCGGGCCGUCUUGACGUCGCGGAAAAUUACAAUCGACGCUACGUAA